AUUGAAUUGCAAGUUAUGUGUAUCUGAAGUCUGUACUGGUACUUAUUAUUUGUUUCAUAUAUAUAAAUGUUUGAUUUGACAACCUUCAGUGCGCUUUCGGUUAACAUGUAGUAUUGCACUAUGAUGUUCAGCCUUCUAUUUUCUGCUUCUGUCUGACUAGAGAAUGGUAUUUGUGCUGCAGUUACAUCUGAUGGAAAUAUCCUUGCCACUGGAAGUUAUGAUACAACAGUAAUGGUUUGGGAAGUCUUUCGUGGUAAAACCACUGAGAAGAGAAUUCGAAACAGUCAAUCUGAACUAGCCCGGAAGAAUCAUGUCAUAAUUGAAACUCCAUGUCACAUCCUUUGUGGGCAUGAUGAUAUAAUAACUUGCUUAUAUGUUAGUCAUGAACUUGAUAUUAUAAUUAGUGGAUCAAAAGAUGGAACUUGUGUAUUCCACACCCUGCGAGAAGGUCGAUAUGUUAGAUCCUUACGUCAUCCAUCAGGCAGUCCAAUAACAAAGCUUGUUGUGUCUCAGCGGGGCCAGAUUGUAAUUUAUGCUGAUGAUGAUCUUAGUUUGCACCUGUAUUCAAUCAAUGGAAAAUAUCUUGCUGCCUCUGAAUCCAAUGGACGCCUUAAUGCAGUUCAAUUGAGCCGAUGUGGUGAGUUUUUGGUAGGUGCAGGUGACCAGAGGCAAAUUGUUGUUCGCUCUAUGUACACCCUUGAAGUUGUUAAGAAAUAUCAAGGAGUUGGAAAGGUUAUGACAUCUCUGGCAGUAACCCCAGAAGAAUGUUUCUUGGCUGGCACAAAAGAUGGAAGCCUCCUAGUGUACUCGAUUGAAAAUCCUCAGAUUCGUAAAACUAGCCACAACAAGAAUACAAAAUCAAAACUGACUUAACACAAAAUAUAGCAAUAGCUUGUAGAAGGUGCAUGUGGAAUUUUGACAGUUAGAGCUGCCCACAUGAUGACUGUUUCAGAUUGCUUGAUUAUAUCUAUCAAUCAAAUAAAAUUCUGAUAGACUACUUCCCAAUCAUUUUAGUUAUACAUGAUUGGCAAUAUGUCUAUUUCCCGCUGUUCCUUACUGCAAUUACUGUCAUGUCAUUCAUUGGCAGUCGUUUCAUCUGUGAUAUGACUGCUGCUCUAUAAAUUUACAUUUCUGCUGCUUCUAAUCUCAGCAGUAUUGUUAAUCGCAUUUGAUUUUUAAAUAAUCAAUCUCAAUUUCAUAUUAACCGUGUAAGAAAAACAUUUAUCAAUUGAAUUAUUGUAAUUGAUUGUUUAUUGUUUAUUAGUUGUAAUUAGUUAAGGAAGACUUUGUCUCAACUUGUAAUUAAACUUGAAAAAUCCGAAGUAACACCCAUACUACUUGUAAUGCACGUUUUGUAUAUGGUUGAUGAUGUUAGACAAACUGAUACUGAUAUAUAACAGAGUCUGUUAUAUCAGUUAUGUUUUCCAGUCUUAUAUAUUGAAAGCCUUGUAUCGUAGGCUUCUUUUCUCUUCAUGAAUAUGAUUCUCUUCUUAUCCUUCUCUGUGUUUUCUAACAUGGUAUUUAUAGCUUCUUUGAUCUGACCAUGGCUUCCAGCUCUCGUUCUUCUUUCACUGUGUACUCCGAAAAUUGUUCUGCUCUCUCUCCUUUUCUUCCUCACACCUUCAAUACCCCUAUAUCCUAGAGUUGGAUGAUGACAACUUCCUUAUAUAGCAACAAGUUUUAGCCACUGUUCAGGGACUCAACUCACACGAUUUUAGGAAGGCCAAGACGUUUCUCUGAAAUUUACCACUCUUGAUGAUGCGCUCAACAAUAUUAUCAAUCAAGAA